GAUAGGGCAUCUUAUUGUGCUUCAGAGCUUGCAAAACUCAGAACAUCAAAUUAUGGGAGCGGUCGCCGGUAUCAUGAGCGGCAAAGUCUCAGUUACCCAGGGGAAGAGCUUUCUGUAUAAUAAGCUCUAUGAUCGAUUCAUUAAGGAGAGAGAGAUCAAAGACUUCGAUGAUUUCCACAUGGCGUUUCUUGAGAUCAUCACCACUAUUAAUACUGUUGUCCCAGGCAGGCAUUAUGAUGUACCAAAACGCGAAGAAAUCGAGAAAUUAUACGAAGAUUGGGAACAAGCAAACGAGGAGGGGAAGAGAAAAAAGUUGGAGGAGUUCAUGGGGGAUAAGGUGAACAUGAGGAGCGUAGACAAGUUAAUGAUUCUGACAGGACUGGCAGCUCCGCCAGCAGCCAUGGCGGCAAAGAGAGCCGGAGAGUCUCUGCCUCAACUUAAAAUCAUGAAAGUAGUGCCUGACCUUGUCUUCGUUCCUUCUGCUACUCUCUUGGCUCUUGUGGGAUGCAAGCUCUCCACUACUUUGAAGCAUUCUUCCUAAAUCAAUCAAUCAAACUAUGUCAUGUCCCAAGUUUCAAUUUCAUUGGUCUAUAUGCGUUUCCUAGGUGCUGUUUCCCAAUAAGCAUGGAUUGGAUUGCCAGUAAUAAUUUGAUUGAAUCCUUGUAUU